AUCACGGUGCAGCAGCAGGGUGAGAGGCUCCUCUCUGCUGGCGACGUGACGUCAUCCCCACCCUCCUAACACAACGUCCUCCGAAGAGACUCACGCCAGAAUGUUCCGGUACACCACGCCCUGGCAGGUUCUGUGUCACAGUCUGGACCCGAACUUCGGGAGACUAAGGGGUGGCCCUCGUAAUGUCUUGACCCUACAGAGCUUCCAAACUUUCCGCUCAACUCGACAGCUUCCUCCCCCUUGGCCUUGCCCUUCACUACCUCCUAACGGCAUGGACUCCAGCCCACGGCGUUGGGUGAUAAAACCGCUCUCACCCCAGCUGCAGCAGUCUGACCUACGGACCAUCAUCACCCCAUCCCCGGACGCCAACGAGGUCUUCCACUUUGAGAGCGCUUCGUUCAAUCGCAGCACCUCUUAUGGCUCCGAUGCUUCUGGCAAUGUGGAGAUCCAGAACCAGCAUGCGAUUGCGUUGCAGGAUGGAGACAACACCAGCGAUGAGUGGCCAUCCAUUAGUUCCAGCUCUUCCAGCAGCCGCUCUCCCUCUCAGUCUGGGUUCUACUCCUUUGUGGAAGACCCCACCAGUCCUGAGGCAGAGCUGAACGAGGCGUGGAUGGUCUCGCCUCAGAGGCAGACUCAGCUUGCGAUCUUAAAGGAGGAUUAUGCUUUCAAAGUACAAACCUACGCCACCAACAAAAAGCCUGAAAGUCUGUUUGCAGACGAUAAUGAUGAGUCCAAGUACUCACUGGAUCUGAAGAACAACACCCAGGCAGUGGGAGAGGAAGAGGAGAGGCGGCUGCGGAUGGAAAUCAUCCGAAGUCAGGCGCCAAAGAAAUCGUACACGGAGCAGAAGAGAUUACUGGAGAAGUCAAAUCUGUUCACGUCCACUGAUAAACUAAUAGAUGGUUUCAGUUUAACCUUUAGUCCAGUUCGUGCCAAAACCCACCCUCCUCAGCCUGCAGAGCCGGGGGCGAUCAACGAGGAUCAGAUCAACUUCAGCACAGCCCGACAACAGUUCCUCAGGCUGGAACAGGAGCGGUUAAAGGCGCUUACAACCCCUACGAGGUCCUCAGAGACAUACCAGAAGGUCUCCUCACAGACAAGAAUUGGUGCCAAAUGGAGGGCAGAAACUGAGGGGGACGCGAGGAAAGAUACCAGCUUCAAACUUGAAAACCAGCCAGAGGUGAGAUGGUCCAUGGGUCUACCUGAGAAGAGCACUAGCCUUGAAGAUCUGGAUUCUGGCCUGGAAGAGCUGUCUUUGGAUGCUGCUGGGGGAUACUACAGUGAUGAUGGAGUCUUCAGUGAUAAAUCUGAGACCCCCAUCCAGAGGGAGAUCAGGUUAGCUUUAGAGCGAGAGGAAAACCUGCGACUCUCCAGGGGCCUGAAACACAGCAGCAGCGUUGAGCUUGUUGAAAUCAAAACCAACUGGUCUAAAUCACCCCUCCCACCAAACAAGGUCAGAGACAAGAGCAGAGUCAGUUUUGUUUUUCAAAAUGAGAUCCAGAAGGAGAAACUUCGGAAGGAGUUUGACAGGAAUCAACCUCAGCCACUUCGUCAUAUUGAACCAGACCAAGUCAAUAAGACAGAAGAAAGAGAAUCCGACGAGAUCUUGUCCCCGUGUUGUCCACAUCGGCAUCCUGAGGACUCCAUCAUGUACACCCCUCAUAGUCUCACGGCUUCCCCAGUAAUUCGGAGGACACCACCGUUAAGCUCCUCUCUCACUGAUUCUCUUACUUAUCAGCGAGAGAAUGCUGCUGCUCAGCUCUGGAGGGAAAGCCAGGAGACCUCUGGUCUGCAGUCCAGAGGAUUAGGAGCUCCGGAUUUCAUCGAGAAGGAGAUUGAGGAGUCGCUGAAAAGGGAGCAAGAGUUGAGGGAGCUGAGGGAGUCACGGGCUUCCAGGGAGGAGAUCCUGUCAUCUCCCACACCUCUGGUGGAACAAGCAAACAAGAUAGCCGUCAGCCAGUUCUACCCAACGUCCAAGUCAGUCACUUCAGAUAAACCCAGUGGCUCCCCCUUUUGGUCCCCUCACCUCUCCCUCCGUCAGCCCUCCGUGUCCCUGGUCACCCCUCAGCCCUGGACCUCCAGCUCCUCCCUAUCCCCCUCAACCACUCCGCUCCGCCCCUCCAUCAGCCCCGUCAGAGGUCUGACUGAGACGCUGCUGCUGGACUACGAGGAGCGACGUCAGAGGAUGAAGCUGGAAGAGGGUUCGUACGCAGGAAUUCAGCCUGUUGAUGAAGUCAACAACCAGGUGGUGGAGUCCACUCGAGUCAUCAGGCACAAAAAUGCUCGUGCGCUGCGCUGGGAGGCCGGCAUGUUCGCCAACCAGGACACCCAGUGAGACCGAAGAGUGGAAGAUUUCAAUGGUUUCUGAUGAUCUUGCUUGGUGGUCAAGUGACAACCCCUUGUCCAAAUCAGCUGCAUUCGUGCAGAUACAAACUAAAUCAAAGCAGAAAUGUCAUAAAAAGUAUGGUUGUUUUCAGUUUUACUUUGAAUGAAGUUUGUGAUGUGUAUUAUUUUAAGAAGAUGACUGAUUACGAAUAAAAUUA